CCGCGCGGCCCCGGUCCACGUGGGCGGGCGCGCGCUCGCCAAGCCGGCCCUCUCCGCUGCACUCGGCGCUCACAGCACAUGGUCGGCGGCGGCGCGCCCCCGAGGCCGGCGGAGACCGGCUGAAGCCGAUCAAGAAUGACCCAAAAGCCAUCGAAGUUUUGUUUCAGAGCCAAUGUUUACACUCAAGUGCCUGAUGGAGGAUGGGGCUGGGUAGUGGCUGUCGCCUUUUUCUUCAUUGAAGUUUUCACCUAUGGCAUCAUCAAAACCUUUGGUGUCUUCUUUAAUGACUUAAUGGACAGUUUUGGUGAAUCUAAUAGCAAGAUCUCCUGGAUAGUAUCAAUAUGUGUGUUUGUCUUAACAUUUACAGCCCCCCUCACUACAGUCCUGAGCAACCGUUUUGGACACCGGCUGGUGGUGGUCAUUGGAGGGCUGCUUGUCACCACAGGAAUGGUGACGGCCUCGUUUUCACAGGCUGUUUACCACAUGUACAUCACAGUUGGGGUCAUCUCUGGUCUGGGAUACUGCUUCAGCUUCCUGCCGGCUCUAACUAUUCUGUCUCAGUACUUUGACAGAAGGCGCUCUGUGGUGACUGCCGUUGCUUCUACGGGAGAAUGUUUUGCUGUUUUUGGUUUUGCACCAGCAAUCACAGCCCUGAAAGAGAGCAUCGGCUGGAGGAACAGUCUCCUUUUGGUGGGUCUGCUCCAGUUGAACAUCGUCGUCUGUGGGCUGCUGCUAAAACCAAUUAUUAUUCAAGCCCGAGGGUCACCGAAAACAGCCACCCAGGAACAUGGAAAAGAAGUGCAAUCUAUGCUUGAAAACGAGAAAUCGCGCACCUCAAUGGAGUCUAUCGACUCAGGAGUAGAACUAACUACCUCGCCGAAAAAUGGGCCAAGUCACGUGAACGUGGAAUUGGAGCCCAAGGCCCACAUGCAGCAGAACCUGGUGAAGAGCAGCUCUAGGCCAGGCAAUAAGAAGGCCCCAUUGUUAGACUUCUCGAUUUUGAAAGACCAAAGUUUCAUCUGUUACGCACUGUUUGGUCUCUUUGCUACACUGGGAUUUUUCGCACCUCCGCUCUACAUCAUUCCUUUGGGAAUCAGUCUGGGCAUUGAAGAGGACCGGGCUGCUCUCCUGUUAUCCACCAUGGCAGUUGCUGAAGUUUUUGGAAGAAUCGGAGUUGGCUUGGUCCUCAACAAGGAGCCCAUUCGUAAGAUCUACAUUGAACUCAUCUGCGUCAUCUUACUAUCUGUGUCGUUGUUCGCCUUUACUUUUGCUACUGAAUUCUGGGGGCUGAUGUUCUGCAGCAUAUUCUUUGGCUUUAUGGUUGGGACAGUAGGCGGUACCCACAUUCCACUGCUGGCUGAAGAUGAUGUUGUGGGGAUUCAGAAGAUGUCUUCUGCAGCUGGAGUCUAUGUCUUUAUACAGAGCAUAUCAGGACUGGCUGGUCCACCCCUUGCAGGACUGCUGGUCGACCAUAGUAAAACCUACAGCAGAGCCUUCUACUCCUGCGCAGCGGGCACAACUGUGGCUGCUGUGUGCCUGGCCCUUGUGAGACCCUGUAAACAGGGGCUGUGUCAGCAGCGGCCUUCAGGGGAAACAAAGGCAGAGGGCCAUCGUGGGACAGCUUUACAAGACACCCCUGAAGAUUUUCUUGAAAUGGAUCUUGGGAAAAGUGAGCAUCGAGUUCCAAUGAAAAUGGAGCCAGUAUGA